GGCCCCCGGGCAAUAGGGGAUCAUGGGGCCCCUGUGUCCUUGCCCAAACUCAAAAAAGCCUAUGAAAAAGGUACCAGAUUUGUGAAUGCUCCCUCAAGUAACAAUCUCCAAAUCAAUGACUUGAAUAUCUGCCUAGAGUAUAUCAAUGAGGACAGAAGCAGGGGCGGACUGACAACUCAUGGGGCCCCCGGGCAAUAGGGUAUCAUGGGGCCCCUGUGUCCUUGCCCAAACUCAAAAAAGCUUAUGAAAAAGGUACCAGGGGCAUCUCAUGGGGCCCCCUACUGACCCCCCGGGCCCUCGGGCAGUGCCCGAGUUUCCAAAUGGUCAGUCCGCCCCU